AUGAUCCUCUCCGCCAGGGAGAUUGCUCCGUUCGAGCUGGGACACAAUGACACCGACGUCAUCAUCAACGGGGUCCACUUCAACCGCACCGCCCUCGGCGCCUUCAACUACACCCUCUACUCCAAUGGCACCCUGUCCAAUGGAAGCCACUGCUGGCUGGCGUUCGAUAUCUUCCAGCCGCGCAUGGACCUGAACGGCACCUUUCUCAAUGCCACCUCCUGCUACACCCCCAUCAUCGAUCUGCAGGACCAUGGCAAGGUCGGCAUUGCGUUCGCGGCCAUGUUCGCCGUCUCCAUUCUCUUCACGCUGCUGAACCUGCGCAAGCACGGCAAGACUUUCUUGCCUCCGGAGAAGAGAUGGAAGGCCGUCAGUCGUCGGUGGGUGUGGUACUGGCUGUUGGUUGUCGCCGUCUGCGGUGUCAUAAGCGGCUUUAUGAGUGUCGAUGUUGAUCGCGACUAUCUGCAGAGUUUGCCACUUAUCCUGCAGAGCUUGUUCUACUAUUUGAUGCUGCCUUCGGUGAUGGCCGCUGUAUGGGAAGGAGUCCGACAUUGGGGCUCGUGGCAAGAACGCCAGAUCUUUGACCGGAAUCCCGCCUUAUUGCCUGCAGAAACUACCCGCGAAGCCCAGGAAUUCUGGGUGCCGCUCGUGUUCUACACCUUUGCGUGGAUCAAUUUCUUCCUGGCAAUUCCUCGAAGCUGGACGCCCAUCGAGCUGCAAAGAAGCCCGGAGCAGCAAGACGCCCACGCCAAACCAACAGCCACUGACGCUCGAUUCAAGGCGGCCGGUUUCAUGGCUCUCGGAGGGUGGCUCGUCAUCUGUUACAGUCUGGCACACAGCCUCUAUCGCUACCGUCGACCUCCCGCUGGCUUCCGUUGCGGAUUGUUUUACUUAUGUGCAGCUCCGGCCAAGUUCAAGCUCGUCAUCGGCAUCCUGGCCGUCAAGAUUGCAUAUGCCAUUGCAUCCGCCUUUGAGUGGUCCAUUUCCCCGUUCAAGUACAACGCCAACUCUGGCUGGAUCUACGGGCUGGGUUACACGCCCGCGUUGCUCAUCAUCAUCAUCUUUAAUAUCUUUGGUCACGAGGAGCCGAACGAAGACCAGGCCUUGAUGGCGCAACGGGAGGAACGGAGCCGUCUUCAGGAUAUGCAGCUUGAGCUGGAGUCCCAGCAGCCUAGCUGGUGGAGGAAGAUGCGUUCGAGCGGAAGACUCAAGGCAUUUGCGGCGGAGAUGGGAAUGAGUCGCCCGCAGCGCAACGAUCUGGAAAUGAGCGACAUGGGCCCGCGCUACACAGACGAGGAUCGCAAGGACGGUAAAGAGAUGGAGGUGACUGCUAUAGGAAGCGGUGCGUCCUCGACGGUUGGGAUUUCGAGCAACAGUGGCCAGGCGAGUACAUCAUCGACACAAAAGUGA